CUGAUGCGGUAUUUGAUAUUACAGAAAAAUGUGGUGAAAUUCUGGAUGCAGAAAUGGCUGAGGACACUGACCACAACUUAACACCUGCCCUCGACAGCAUAUCUUACGGAAUACAGAAUCGAACAGGAUCUGAAAACUCAUUGCUGGAUGAUGAUGAUGAUGAUUAUUUUCUGAACUCUGGGGAUCUUGCAGGCAUACCUGUUGUUGGGAGUGACAACGAAGACGAUCAAAAUUUCAAUCCAAAAGACACUCUUUCUUCAGCGAUUCAUGAUGAAGACCAUCUGGAAGAGGGCAAGAGAGUUACAGAACAUGAAUUGGACAGUGAAAAAGAAAUUCAGAUUCAGAAUGCAAUCCAAAAGGAUCUCAAUUCACCAUUUGAGCAGGGCCCUGUAUUUAAAUCAAUUCGAAAAGAUUUUAGCAUAACAAGAGAUAAUGGCAAAGAGACUUUUUCAGCAAAGGACAAGAAUAGAGAAGGACAUUUUCAAGAACGUGAAAAACGGUUGGAAAAAAUCCCUAAAGAUAUGGAUUCUAGAUUGAAAAGCAGUUUUCUUGACAAAGCAGUUCAUAAUCAAGUAGAAGAAACAUUACGGACGCAGUUAGCGCCACAAACUCCAGAAACUAACUUCAGGGAGUCUAGCUACCUAUUUUCUAGUAAGGAAUCUAUUGGACAAGAGCUGGGGAAUUCCUUUGCACCAAAUAUUAGAAUUAAGGAGGAGCCUUUGGAUGACGAAUAUGAUAAAGCUAUGGCCCCACAGCAGGGACUAUUAGACAAAAUUAAAGAUGAACCUGAUAAUUCCGAGGAGUACGGCCAACAGCCAAAAACUCAGGAAGGGGAGCUGAAAAUCAGUGCUGUAUUUUCAGUCAGUGGCAGUCCUCUUGCUCCACAGCUGUCAUCAGGUUUCCAGCCUGCUGUGGCAUCCUCUGGCAUGAGUAAAAUGCUUCCUUCAGUUCCAACCACAGCUGUUCGGGUUUCCUGUUCUGGCUGUAAAAAAAUCCUGCAGAAGGGGCAAACUGCAUACCAGAGGAAAGGCUCUACCCAGCUCUUCUGCUCCACACUGUGCCUCACUGGAUACACUGUUCCAGCUUCUCGCCCACCAGCUUCUACCAAGAAAACCUGCUCAAGCUGCUCAAAAGACAUUCUAAAUCCAAAGGAUGUAAUCACUGCCCAGUUUGACAAUACAAACUCCAGUAAGGAUUUCUGCAGCCAGUCUUGUCUUUCUACAUAUGAACUGAAAAGGAAGCCUGUUGUUACUAUUCAUACUAACAGCAUUUCAACCAAGUGCAGCAUGUGCCAGAAGAAUGCAGUGAUUAGACACGAAGUGAAUUACCAGAACGUUGUACACAAGCUCUGCAGCGAUGCCUGCUUCUCCAAGUUCCGCUCGGCUAACAACUUGACCAUGAACUGUUGUGAGAAUUGUGGAGGGUACUGCUACAGUGGCUCUGGUCAAUGUCACGUGCUUCAAAUAGAGGGACAGUCAAAAAAGUUCUGCAGUUCAACAUGUGUGACAGCAUACAAGCAGAAGUCAGCUAAAAUAACACCUUGCACACUGUGUAAAUCUUUGAGAUCUUCAGCCGAGAUGAUAGAGAGCACAAAUAACUUGGGAAAAACUGAACUGUUUUGCUCUGUUAACUGCUUGUCAGCAUACAGAGUGAAAAUGGUUACUUCUGCAGGUGUUCAAGUUCAGUGCAACAGCUGUAAAACUUCAGCAAACCCUCAGUAUCACUUGGCUAUGUCAGAUGGGAGCAUACGCAAUUUUUGCAGCUACAGUUGUGUAGUAGCUUUUCAGAAUUUGUUCAACAAGCCUGCAGGAAUGAACUCCUCAGUGGUACCUCUGUCGCAAGGUCAAGUCAUUGUAAGCAUUCCCUCGGGGGCAACGGUAUCGGCAGGUGGCACCACCUCGACUGUGUCCCCCAGCUCCAUGAGCAGUUCGGCUGCAGCUGGUCUACAGAGGCUGGCUGCCCAGUCCCAGCAAGUCACUUUUGCCCGCCCUGUUGUAAAACUCAGGUGUCAGCACUGUAACAGAUUGUUUGCAACCAAACCAGAACUGCUUGACUACAAGGGUAAAAUGUUCCAGUUUUGUGGGAAGACCUGCUGUGAUGAAUAUAAGAAGAGGAGCAGUGUAAUGGCAAUGUGUGAAUACUGCAAAAUUGAGAAAAUUAUCAAGGAGACAGUGCGAUUCUCAGGCGUAGAUAAGCCAUUCUGUAGUGAAGGUUGUAAACUGCUCUAUAAACAUGACUUGGCUAAGCGCUGGGGAAACCACUGUAAAAUGUGCAGUUACUGUUUACAGGCUUCCCCCAAACUGGUCCAGAAUCACUUUGGGGGGAAAAUGGAGGAAUUUUGCUCAGAGGAGUGCAUGUCCAAAUUCACAGUUUUGUUUUACCAGAUGGCAAAGUGUGAUGGUUGUAAGAGACAAGGUAAACUCAGUGAGUCCAUGAAGUGGCAAGGGGAGAUCAAGCAUUUUUGCAAUCUGCUUUGUAUUCUGUUGUUCUGUAAUCAACAAAGUGUUUCUGACCCUCCACCUCCAAACAACACAGCAAACCUUUCUAUGGCACCAGCUUCCUCAUCAGGCCCUCCUUCUUUGAGAAAGGACUCAACCCCUGUCAUAGCAAAUGUGGUGUCCCUUGCAAGCACCCCUGCUGCCCAGCCUACAGUUAACUCCAACAAUGUUUUACAGGGUGCAGUCCCUACUGUGACAGCAAAAAUAAUAGGAGAUGCUAGUACUCAGACAGAUGCCCUAAAGCUGCCACCAUCACAACCACCUAGGCUUCUAAAAAACAAAGCAUUAUUGUGUAAGCCAAUCACACAGACUAAGGCCACCUCAUGCAAACCUCACACACAAAACAAAGAAUGCCAGACAGAAGAAGUUCAACCCCAAAUCAUUGUGGUACCUGUUCCUGUACCAGUGUUUGUGCCAGUACCCCUUCACCUCUACACUCAGUACACACCAGUUCCACUUGGGAUGCCAGUACCUGUACCAGUUCCGAUGCUCUUCCCAACUACCCUGGAUAAUGCUGAUAAGAUCAUUGAAACUAUUCAGGACAUCAAGGAAAAGAUUCCCACAAAUCCAUUUGAAGCUGAUCUCCUUCAGAUGGCAGAAAUGAUUGCAGAAGAUGAGGAGAAAGAAAAAACACACUCUCAUGGUGGAUCUCAAACAUCUGAGCAUGAGCUCUUCCUGGAUCCCAAGAUAUUUGAGAAAGACCAAGGUAGCACUUACAGUGGAGAUCUAGAAUCUGAAGCAGUGUCCACUCCACACAGCUGGGAGGAUGAGUUAAAUCACUAUGCCUUACGAUCAAAUGCCCUGCCAGAACCAGAUCCAGAACUGAAGCAGUUCUCCAAAGGUGACGUGGAACAGGACCUGGAGGCAGAUUUUCCAUCAGACUCAUUUGACCCUCUCAGUAAAGGACUGGGUUUGCAUUCACGUUCACGAGCAAGACGGAGACAUAGAGAUGGCUUCCCACAGCCAAAAAGACGGGGACGGAAGAAGUCUGUCGUUUCCGUAGAGCCCCGGAAUCUGAUGCAGGGCUCCUACCCAGGAUGCUCUGUUUCUGGGAUGACCCUAAAGUACAUGUACGGGGUAAACGCCUGGAAAAACUGGGUCCAAUGGAAAAACGCACAGGAGGAACAAGGGGACCUGAAGUUUUCAGGAGUUGAAUAUGCUGGACUCAGCUUGUGUCCAGAACUAUUAGGAAAUACUCAAGAUCUUUCUCUCACUCAGAAUUCCCCUGAGUCCAGCUAUAGAUUUCGUCCUGUGAAACUCAAAGAGGACAUCCUCUCAUGCACUUUUGCUGAGCUGAGUUUUGGCUUGUGCCAGUUUAUUCAAGAGGUGCGGAGACCAAAUGGAGAAAAAUAUGAUCCUGACAGCAUCUUAUACUUGUGCCUUGGAAUUCAGCAGUACCUGUUUGAGAAUGGUAGAAUAGAUAACAUUUUUACCGAGCCCUAUUCCAGGUUUAUGAUUGAACUUACAAAACUUUUGAAAAUCUGGGAACCUACAAUUCUUCCAAAUGGUUAUAUGUUCUCGAGAAUUGAAGAGGAACACUUGUGGGAAUGUAAACAGCUGGGUGCAUAUUCCCCUAUCGUUUUGUUGAACACACUUCUAUUCUUCAACACCAAAUACUUCCAACUAAAGAAUGUCAGUGAGCACCUGAAACUAUCCUUUGCCCAUGUUAUGAGACGCACCCGAACUCUGAAGUAUAAUACUAAGAUGACAUAUUUACGUUUUUUCCCACCCUUUCAAAAACAAGAGGUAGAAUCAGAUAAAUUAUCUGUAGGCAAAAGGAAACGCAGUGAAGAUGAGGAGAUUGCAACAGCAGUGGAAAUGGCUGAAAAUACGGAUAAUCCCCUGCGAUGUCCAGUCCGACUUUAUGAAUUUUACUUAUCAAAAUGUUCUGAAAGCGUGAAGCAGAGAAGUGAUGUAUUUUACCUUCAACCUGAGCGCUCCUGUGUACCCAAUAGCCCCAUGUGGUAUUCCACAUUGCCAAUAGACCCAGGAACCUUGGACAUCAUGUUAACACGUAUUCUUAUGGUGAGGGAGGUACACGAAGAACUUGCCAAAGUCAAAUCAGAGGACUCUGAUAUUGAGUUAUCAGACUAACUGAAGUGGGGUAUUUUCCUUUGAAUACGCAUCAGAAGCACCAAACUGUGAAUACGUCCAGCCUUUGGAAAAUGUGUAUCAAAUAAGCCGAGAUGAUGUCACCUACAGGCACAUUUUGAACCACAGUGGAUGUACAAACUGGAACUGGAAGGAAGCAAGCUGUGUAAGCUGCAAGAAACAACGUCCUGUGGCACCGAUAAAUCCUCUGAACAAAUUCAAGAUGAACUAACCUAUUUGAGUGGUGCAUAAAUCCUUUAUCUGUUUAGGAUUUUAAAAAGUUGUGAGAUAUUUUUAAGGAAAAUGGUUGUGUAAAAUCUACCAUAACAAUGUUGGGCAUGGAGAGCUAGACUGUGGCUCACGUGACUUUUCAGCCUGAUGGCUGGCAGUCCUUGCUGCCAAAGAACACGUGGAGAUCCUAGAGCUCUUCACGAGGCCAGGAGAGAAAGGGGUGAUAUUUAGACAGACACCUUCCGUUAUAAAUGCACGUACAGAUACGCUUUUAUAAUUUUUUUGAAACUGGGAUCAAAUGUUAAGAAGGCAGAAGCCGCUGGCAUGUCUGCCAGGGAAGCUAUCUAAAUGGACAACUGUCUGGCUGCCGUUAAAUGGUCACACGAUGCCAGAAUCUAGCUCUCGGUCCAGGCUAAUACCAACUCUAGCUCUGUUCGGUCUUCGACGUGGAAGAGGUGCUGUAGGUCAAACUUCAGAGCAAUCAUGUUACGGGAUGAACGUUUCUGGGGUAUGUACAGGAGAGUGACUGUCCUGGGGUAUGUGCAGAAAAUCCCUUACCUAGCCCAGUAGCUCUGCAGUCUGUCGAUAUAAUCUAGCAAAUACUGUGGUGCGCGGAAAUUUUUUUUCCCUUAAGGCAGCUUUCCUUUCUCCUCUUUCCCUACUCCUAUGUUUUUGGUUAUUUUAUAAGGCAAUUCUGGAGGGCCUUGGCAUUUCAAAUGAAAGAUACAUGCACUCUUUCUCUUUCCACCUUUGCAACGCGUGCAGUGUUGUACAAAGGAUGCAGUAUUACUUUUGACAACAGAACUGUGGUAGAAAAUUACCAUGUGUGUUUUUUUUCCCACCCUACCCAAAGAGAUUUAGUCAUAGUGUUGGAAAUCGAAAGAGAUUUUUUUAAGGCUUGGCUGUUACUGCGUCUUUUUGAAGAGAAGAGCUCCCACAUUGUGUUUAGAGGACAGGACAUUAUCAGAUACUGUCUGUAUCCCCAUUUUCUCAAACUAUAGAUAUGUGUUUCUGAUGACCAGUGGUCACAAAUUCAUUGGAAACCCAAACUAUUUUUAAAGAAGAGAAUUGUAUGGUUUUUAUCUAGCUCUGGUCAGUUAUCCAUCUUCUGUAACAGGGGUCUGAUAUUUGAUCUUGUCACUAAAAUUUCAAGAGAUGAAAAUCAACAGCCUUGAAUUAUAUUUCCUUUUUUGUUUUGUUUUGGUUUUGUUUUUUAAUUAUUUUUUUAGCAGUAACAAAAGUAAUUUAACAAAAAUAAAAUCAGAAAGUAGUCUAUUGACGUUGUGUACUCAGUAGUCCUGUCCCUGCCUGUAAGAGAUUUCACUGAUGUAUUUUUUAAUACAGAAAACUAUGUGAAAAGUAAACCUGCCCCUGAUUCUGUCUGAUCAAAGCC